AUGGCAGAUCAAGUAGUUUUCAAAAUAAAAGUAAGUUCUACUACUACUACUACUACUACUACUACUACUACUACUACUACUACUACUACUACUACUACUACUACUACUACUACUACUACUACUACUACUACUACUACUACUACUACUACUACUACUACUACUACCACUACCACUACUACUACUACUACUACUACUACUACUACUACUACUACUACUACUACUACUACUACUCCUACUACUACUACUACUACUACUACUACUACUACUACUACUACUACUACUACUACUACUACUACUACUACUACUACUACUACUACUACUACUACUACUACUACUACUACUACUACCACUACUACUACUACUACUACUACUACUACUACUACUACUACUACUACUACUACUACUACUACUAAUUAUAAUGAUCGUUUAAUUUGUACAAGUUUAAAUUAUCCUCAAAGUCAUUUAUUGAAUAAAACUAUUGAAAAUACAACUACCAUUCCAAUCAAUUUGAAUAAAGUCAGCAAAGCUUGGUCAAUUAUGUGGAAUAAUGGAUUAUUUCCAAAUCCUGAACAAAUUGAUUUAAAUGUAAAUAUCACUGAACGUCCUGCAUUGAAAUGGUGUCUUACUUUAGCUAAUAUUUGGAGUGAUUUAUUUCUACGUCGUAUUUCAGUAUUUGCAAUGUCAUUAUUAGGCGAUCUUAUUGUACAAGAUGACAAAUCAGGAAAAUUAGCAAAAAAUGAACAUUUUCAUGAAUUUCAUCAAAUUAAUGAGCUACUACUACUACAAAAUGAUUUAAGUAGUAUAAAGAAAGUGGAAGAAAAAGACCAAGUGGAAGGAGACGAAGCUGAAGAAAAUAUCAGUCAUACGUCGUUGUUAAAUAAUGAUGUCAAUGAACCAUUAUUAACAUGGGAUGAUAUGUUAUGGAUAGCAAAAAAUCGAUUCACUGAUUGUGUUCCAAUCUUAUUGAUCAAUUGUUCAUCUUUUAUUAAUCAUGAUUCAAUCACAUCUAAAUCAACAAAUAUAAUAAAUCAUGAAAAUACAGAAAAAGAUUUCAAAAAUUCCAAUCAUCAACAUCAUCAUCAUGAUCAUUGUUCAACGUUCAAUGAUGUAUUCAAUGAUCAAUGUGAAAAACUAUCAUUUCAAUGUCCAAUUGAUAAUAACAAAGAUCAAGAUCAUUGUUCAAUGCCACCGUCACCAUCAUCUCCAUUCACAACAACACCAACGAAUAAGAAAUAUCAUUCAAAAUUAAUUUGUUUUCAAUCAGAACCAAAUCGUAGUGUACAUUAUUUAGAUUUAACUAAAUUAAGUAAUGCAUUAGGUGAUUUAAACAAAAAUUGUUCAUUAUUGACAAAUUCUAAUCACAGUGACGAUAAUAAUAACAAUAAUAAUAAUAGUAAUAAUAAUAAUGAACUGAAUUAUCAACAAAUUGCCGCUUAUCCAAUCUUAAAAUAUCUUGAUGCUUACAUAAUACAAUUAGGUAAUUUUUUAGCUUAUCAUCCUUUGUUAUUGAGUACAUAUAUGGCUAUAAAAUUAACUAAUCCAAUAUUGAUUGAUAAAUCAACUAAUAAUCCAUUGAUCAUUGAAAAUAAUUGUACCACACUGCCAGAUCAACAUCGUUAUCAACGUUUAAAACGAUUAAAUGAAUAUUUUUUAAAUUUAUUUCAUAAAGCAAUUGAUUAUGUAGCAAUGGAAUUCACUCAAUUGAAAUCAAUCAAUCAUAAUGAAACAACUGAUUAUAUAUUAUUACAAGAGAAAAUUGCUGCCAAUUCACGACGUAUCAUGUUAGGGGAAUUUUUAAAUUGGAGUCAUGAAUUCGAUAUGACAUGGUUAAAUUUUCAAUAUGAUACAUGGCAACAAGCUUAUGAUUAUAAUCGUAAAUGUUUAUUAUUGAAUAAGAAAAAUACUAAUGUAGAAUUGAAAAUAUCUAAAGGAUUAAAUGCGUUAUUUGAUAAAUCACAAAAAUAUUAUGAUAAUCAUGAUGUUAAUAUUGAUAAUGAUUUGAUACAUUUAUUAUGGGAUACUAAAAACAAUUGAACAAUUGAACAAUUGAACAGUUGAUACAGUGAGAUUCACACAAAAAAUGUCAUCAUGCCAAGAUUGAUCAUCCGUCUACUCACUAUUGUCCAAUCGAUUCAUGCAGUCAACAGUGUAAGGCAAUCACAAAUGUGAACACGUUAAAAGUGUUAUAACAUGAAAUAAAGUAAAAGCUUGCCAUAUUGUACAGAUAAAUGUAUAAUAACCUUGAACAUAUUGAUUUGUAUCAUUUAUUCGUCUUUCGUCUUUCUUGUCUGUUCACAUUUAGAAAAAAAAUUAUGUUGCAAUUUUUGAACCAUUAAUUAUUAUUUUGUCUCAAUAAUUGGAAAAAA